AUGUUGGAAUGGGAAGGGGACAGCGGAGCUGGACAAUGUGCUAUGAGGGGUUCUUGUGGAAAGAAAGGUUGGUUUGGGCAGGAACUUCCGUGUCCGUAUGAUGGUCCUCCGGUCGACCCCGAGGACAGCAAAGCCAGAGAUUUGCUUGUGUCAGUUUGUGGUGCCCAAUUUGUAGAAGGGCCUACCUGCUGCACUUCUGGUCAGGUCGAGACCCUGCGUGAUAGUCUAGCGCAAGCCGAGCUCAUCAUUUCGUCUUGCCCUGCAUGCCGAAACAACUUCCGUUCAUUUUUCUGCUUAUUCACUUGUUCACCACACCAGGGAUCAUUCCUGAACAUUACGGAUACCCAGAAGGCCAGUUCGGGAGAGACAGCUGUAAAGACGGUCGAUUUUUUCGUAGGCGACCAAUUUGCUUCGGGUUUCUUUGACAGCUGCAAGUCCGUCCAAGUUAGUGCCACCAACGGAUACGCUAUGGACCUCAUUGGGGGAGGUGCUAAGACGUAUUCUGAAUUCCUCAAGUUCCUAGGAGAUGAGAAGGACCUUGGAAGUCCAUUCCAGAUAAAUUACCCCUCCUCCACACCCCUUGAUUUCACUGCACUAGAUCCCACACCGCGGAAUUGCGCUGACAAUGAUCUGGAAAGCCGCUGCACUUGCAUUGACUGCCCCACAGUCUGUCCUGCACUUCCUUACAAGCCCCCACAGAUCAAUGGCCCAACAUGCCAAGUCGGCACGCUUUCAUGCCUCUCAUUCCUACUCAUCCUCGCAUACUCCCUGUGCGCAUUUGCCUUUGUAUUGGUAUAUGUUCUUCAGACCACUAUAAGGAAGCGAAGAGAGAAAAGAUACGAGAGAAUGGCAUUGUCAGUGGACACUGCAUCCAUCCGCUCCCCUACGUUACACACACGCGGUCUUGUGGGCGCGGUCUCAAUUCCGCAAGGUGACGCCAACGACUCCCUCGGAGCUCAAUCAACAGAAUCUAGACGGCUCGGUCGUGGUGCUUCCCUCCUUGACCCCAUUGAAGCGUCUCAGCCACGCCAAUAUCGCCUCAACACAAUCCUUCGUCGCGUUUUCUAUCGUUUAGGCCUUGCUGCAGCAUCCUCGCCAUUCUUGACAUUUUCAAUCAUGUUUACCGUGAUUGGUCUGCUCAACUUAGGCUGGCAAAGGUUUGACAUUGAGACUGACCCAGUUCGGUUGUGGGUUGCUCCCGACUCAGAAAGCAGACUACAGAAAGAAUACUUCGAUGAACACUUUGGUCCAUUCUAUCGUCCACAACAAAUAUUUAUCACUGCGCUCUCAGGCCUCCCUAUCACCAUCGACCCGCCUCCGACCACAGAUACUGGUGUAUCUUCGCAAGAUCAUGUGCUCAGUUACGACCAUCUACGAUAUUGGAUGGACGUAGAGAGUGAUAUACGUGCUCUCCGUUCUUCCCCUAAUGGCUACGGUCUCACAGAUGUAUGUUUCAAGCCUGCCGGGCCACAAGGAGCAUGUGUCGUACAGUCUGUUGGUGCAUGGUUCGGUAAUGAUCUCAGUGAUUACGACGAAGAGUCUUGGAAAGACCGAUUGGUUCAAUGUGCAAACUCCCCUGUGGAUUGCCUUCCAGAUUUUCAGCAGCCUCUUGCCCCACAGUAUGUCCUAGGUGGGGUGCCUGAGGGUAUGCCUGAGCGAAACUCAUACCUCGAUGCGAAGGCUCUCGUCGUCACUUAUGUGGUGGCGAAUUCACUCGACGAGACAGAAAUUGCGAAAGCCGUCGAAUGGGAACAAGCUCUGAGGGCAUAUCUCGUCGAUCUUAGCGAACGCAUUCCCUCUGAGGCGGGCAUGAAUAUUGCAUUCUCUACCGGCGUCUCUUUAGAGGAAGAAAUCAGCAGGAGUACCAACACUGACACAGCAAGGGAGGAAGAGGGUGUAUUGGCGUCUCUCUCUUUGUGGGCUCGCAACUUCCCUAAGCUAUUCAAACGGUCAAGCAUUACUUCCUCUUCGGUCUCUGUCGAUUCCCGUAACACACCGCACAUUUUGCCGAGACUGCCUCGCCAUCUCUUCGUCGGUUCGAAAUUCACGUUAGGUUUGUUCGGGAUCGGACUUGUCAUUUUGUCCGUCUCAUCUUCAGUCGGUUUCUUCUCCCUUGUCGGCGUGAAGACGACCCUCAUCAUUGCCGAAGUUAUUCCUUUCCUUGUACUCGCUGUCGGUGUCGACAAUGUCUUUAUUCUCGUUCACGAGCUUGAUAGGCAAAAUCUCCUCCACGGGCCUAAUGCUGCAGCAACUGUUCCCGGAGGAUACCCAGCGCCUCGCUCCCCUAACACUCACCGCUCACCUUUUGAAUCGACACAUGAUGAAUCCGUCGAUACUGCCUCGGUACCCUUAUAUCUAUCUGCCGAGGAAAGGGUUGCGCGGACAUUGGCAAAGAUGGGCCCGUCAAUUCUAUUGAGCUCUGUGACAGAAACAGUUGCUUUUGGCCUCGGUGCAUUGGUGCCCAUGCCAGCUGUACGCAACUUUGCCUUGUAUGCCGCUGGUAGCGUCUUCUUGAAUGUGCUCCUCCAAGUUUCUGUCUUUGUCAGUGCGCUUGCUAUCGAUCUGAAGCGCGUAGAGGCAAGCCGAGUUGACUGUUUCCCCUGCAUCAGAUGGCCUUCCCGCAUUGCCCUACGUGAUGCUCCCAUGAACACAAGUGGACUAGGGAGGAUUGCUCACUUUAUCCGACGCCACUAUGCUCCUUUCCUCCUUCGACCAGUUGUCAAGGGUGCUGUACUCCUUACUUUUGCGGGAUUCUUCGUGCUCUCUGCAAUAUCGAUGCAGCACAUUCAGCUGGGACUUGAUCAAAGGUUGGCUCUCCCCUCGGAUUCAUACCUCAACGACUACUUUGAUCAUCUUGACGUGUACUUGGAUGUCGGACCUCCAGUUUAUUUCGUAUCUCACGACCUUGACGUGACCCAGCGGUCUGGCCAACAGGAGCUCUGUGGUCGUUUCACGACUUGUGGUGAAUUCUCUGUUGCUAACGUUCUCGAGGCAGAACGGAAGAGACCAGAGUCGUCGUUUAUCUCGCAGCCGACUGCGUCAUGGAUAGACGACUUUCUCAAGUGGCUUGAUCCUGCCAUGGAGACGUGCUGUCGUGUACGCAAGAGAAAUCCUUCCAUUUUCUGUACACCGAGAGAUUCAGAACGUUUAUGCCAACCCUGUUUAUACGGCAAGGAACCUGCCUGGAACAUCACCAUGGUCGGAUUGCCUGAGGGAGAGGAAUUCAUGCGAUAUCUGAAGCAGUGGCUCGUCUCACCUACAGAUGAGACGUGCCCCUUGGCAGGCAAAGCAUCAUUCGGCACUGCGCUCUCGCUUGACGACGAAACUGGUGUUGUCGCAUCUCACUUCCGCACAUCACACUUGCCUCUUCGAUCACAAGAUGAUUUUAUCAAUUCCAUGGCGGUCGCACGCCGUAUAGCAGCCAAGAUAUCAGAGUUCACUGGAUCACAGGUUUUCCCUUAUUCCCUGCAUUACGUUUUCUUCGACCAAUACAUACAUAUCAUCGCCAUCACGCAGGAGAUACUCGGGCUGGGACUGGCUGCUGUGCUCGUAGUCACAGCGCUCCUGCUAGGCUCGUGGCGCACAGGGACAAUUGUGACGGGUGUGGUCGCGCUGACAGUAAUGUCCGUCAUGGGGGUAAUGUCUGUAUGGGGCAUCAGCCUGAAUGCUAUAAGUCUAGUGAACCUGGUUAUUUCAAUCGGCAUUGCAGUGGAGUUUUGUGCCCACGUUGCAAGGGCCUUCAUGAGUGUUGGUUCUGGUUUGCCAGCUGAUCAUCCUGCUGGACAGAAAGAGCGAGAUGAGAGGAUGUGGACCGCCCUUGUUGACGUCGGACCCUCAGUUCUGUCCGGUAUCACAUUCACAAAGUUGAUCGGCAUGUCCGUCCUUGCGCUCACUCGAUCCAAGCUGUUAGAAAUAUACUACUUCCGCAUGUGGCUUACUCUCAUCAUCUCUGGGGCUUUGCAUGGCUUGGUACUUCUACCCGUCAUACUUAGUCUUGCUGGAGGACCAGGAUUUGCUCAGCAAGAAGCCGAUGAAGAGUGGAUGUCAAAUGCCAUUAGGAACGAUUAUGAAUAUGCACCCUUCCUUGCCGAUGAUGAUUCCAUGGGCAGUGAUUAG